GCUUACGCUUCAAACACAACGAUCAUUCACACACGUUACGUUGCCUUUAUUUUUUUAUCCCUUUCUCGUUUCGGUGACUCAUUGCGUCUUCUGUAAUUUUUGUUGCGCCGUUUCAAUUAAAUAACCAUUUGCAUAAUUAAAGAGCAACGAGAGUGCUGGAUCCUAAAAACGAAUUGUACAAUUAAAAUGCAAUCAAAGCUGUGUUAAUGUAGUCAUUAAAGGCUGUCAGCAAAAAUACAAAAAAAAAAAGAUAAGCACAACCGAAAACAAAACAAGGCGCAGACAGCAACAAAAUUAUGAAAAAAAAAAUCACCAAAUUUAUUAAAAAGUGAAAGUUUUUAGUCAACGUCGCCGUUUGCACAAAAUUACCGGAGGGAAAAAAGAAAUGCAAAAACAAUCAACAAGUCUGCGAAACAAAGCAAAACAAAUCGCCAAAAGCCCCGCUACCGCUUCGUUGUGAGAGCGAGAGAGCAAGAGAGAGAGGAGAGCGAGCGAACCGCUGACCAGCGGAGCGAUUAGGUUCCACAAUCCCAUUGCCAUAGAAUCGCCGCAGAGCGGUACCAAGUUCGAUUCCAAGCCGUGGCUCCCAUCGAUGCGGCAAGAUGUUGUAAGCAACGGCCCAGUCACGGCUACCAAUUCGAGGAACGGCGGCGCGGGUGUGGCUCGCAAGAUGUUCCACCCGCACCAACCGUCCCACCCACACCAAGCGCACUAUCCGCAGCCAUUUCGCACGUUUUACGGCUAUCCGCACCAGAUGUCGCAGGUCGCUUUUGCCCCACCACCACCCAUUCCCGUCAGCUGGAGAAACCCAUGUACCAGUAAGCGGUCUCCCAGUGCUCCCCCGUCACGCAUUACCGUCAAUCCACCGCCCCAAAGGCCCUGGCUGCCACUGGCCAAGCCCAACAAAACGCGACCAGCCUGCAUUUUUACGGUUAUGUGCUAUAAUGUUCUCUGCGAUAAGUACGCGACGAGGCAAAUGUACGGAUACUGUCCGUCGUGGGCGCUCUGCUGGGAGUACCGGAAAAAGUCGAUAAUCGACGAGAUCCGGCACUACGCGGCGGAUAUCAUCAGUCUGCAGGAGAUUGAGACGGAACAGUUUUACCACUUCUUCCUGCCAGAGCUCAAGAACGACGGCUACGAGGGCAUCUUUUCGCCCAAGUCGCGAGCUAAGACCAUGUCCGAGCUGGAGCGGAAGUAUGUGGAUGGCUGUGCGAUAUUCUUCAGGGCGUCCAAGUUUACGCUGAUCAAGGAAUCCCUGAUCGAGUUCAACCAGCUGGCGAUGGCUAAUGCCGAGGGCUCCGACAACAUGCUGAACCGCGUGAUGCCCAAGGACAACAUUGGCCUGGCCGCCCUGCUCAAGGUGAAGGAGAACGCCUGGGAGCCGAUGUCCGAGGUGACGCAGAUCUCGCAGCCGCUGCUCGUCUGCACGGCGCACAUUCACUGGGACCCGGAGUUCUGUGACGUCAAGCUCAUCCAGACGAUGAUGCUGAGCAAUGAGCUAAAGACGAUCAUUGACGAGGCGAGCCACAGCUUCAGGCCGGGUCACAAGAACGACUCGAAUGCCGUCCAGCUGUUGUUGUGCGGCGACUUCAACUCGCUGCCCGACUCGGGCGUGGUGGAGUUCCUGGGCAAGGGGCGCGUCUCAAUGGACCAUCUGGACUUCAAGGACAUGGGCUACAAGUCCUGUCUGCAGCGGUUGCUCUCGAACGACACCAACGAGUUCACGCACUCGUUCAAGCUGGCCUCCGCCUACAGCGAGGACAUUAUGCCGCACACCAACUAUACGUUCGACUUCAAGGGCAUCAUCGACUAUAUCUUCUACACGAAGACGGGCAUGGUGCCGCUGGGCCUUUUGGGUCCCGUCUCCAACGACUGGCUGCGCGAGAACAAGGUGGUGGGCUGCCCUCAUCCGCACAUACCCUCCGAUCACUUCCCUCUGCUCGUGGAACUGGAGCUGAUGCACACGGCUAGCCAACAGGCGCCUCCCAACGGGCUUAUCAAUCGCCGGUAGCAAUAGAAUCGACGCGGCAGACCCACCACCAGCAACAGCACCACCACCAACACCACCCUGAUGACGACGACGACGGCGCCGGCGGCCACGCGCACGCCGGCUGCCAGCGGGGGAGGAAGCGGGAGUGGGACUGGGAGCGGAAGUGUCGGUGGCGGAGUAGGUGGAGUAAGUGGAACUGGAGGCGGCGCCCUGAUGAUUCCCGGCGGCUACAGGGGACGAAGCUGCAGCAAUAGCGGAUGUCAUCGACUGACUGCAGCUCUUGGAGCGACCAGAAAAGCAGCCAAUCCCCCGCCACCGGUGGACAAGCAGGCCUCCACUUCGCAUCCCGCUCCCAACUGACGUGGCGAUCUGCUCGCAUCAAGAUUCAGUUUUAGUUAGAUACGACAAAAACCUUGAUUUCUAGCCUCGGUCCCUCCCUGCUCUUGGACCAACCCAACCCCAAACAUCCCCCAAGAACCCUAAGUUAUAAGCUGACGACGUUGUGGAGGUCUCGCCGCUUUGUGCGCUGGAUCGCAAAGUGCGCUCACCGAUGCAACCCAUUAACUAAGAUCGUAAUCGUAAUAGAAAGGAAUAUAAUUUAAUUGCUGCACUCCUCUUCCGCGCUUUUCGUUUUGAUUUUAUCAACUUCACGUUUUCACCAUCGAAUAAAUCCAUUAUAUACAAUAUGCAAGUGUCAACUGUUAAGUUCUUGAAACCCUUACAAUCACAUAGCAAACAGUAAAUCUAAGCCAAUUUCGUUAAAGAAAAUUAUUCGCAGCAGUUCGUAAAAAGUACCCGAAACCAAUUAUGCAUUAAGUAAAAAGUAAAAUUACAUCGUGUAAAAAUUAAACAAAAAGAGCUAUCUAAGUAAAAAAAAACUAUGCAAAUUUAUCUGAUGAAUCCGUUUCUAAUUUGUGUCCUUUGACCGUGUCAAAGUUACAAGAUACCACUUAUGUGUAUAGCUACUUCUUGGACAGUCAAGUAAAUUGUGCAAACUAAAAUAGAUCCUUUAACUAGUUGAUAAUGCAGCACAGAUUCAUGAAAUGUAUAACAUUGGAAAGAAAAUGGAUCGAUCAACUCUUAUUUUUGAGUGCAUUGGAUGUUAAAGUGUGCAGUGUGUAUGUUAAAACAUCAACUCAAAAUUCUUUGGGGCGGAAAGUAAUACAUUGAUACUUAAAUGAAAUUAACUUUAGCUCUGAAGGAUAUUUCUUUCUUCCGAAAGAAUUAUUUUAUUUCGUUAGAUUUAAAUUCUUUUGCACCUGCAAUGAAUGCGAAUCUUUUAAAAUAAUUCAAUGGAUUGCUCUUCGCCUCUCAGAUUCUAUAGUAAGAUAAACAAAUAUACCCACCCUACUGUGCAUAUUUAGACCUAAAGAGAUCUUAUAUAACUACUAACUAUGUGUACAUACUGGCGUGCAGCAAAAAAUACAAAAUAAAUGUCGGUAAAGAAAUAUUUAUAAGUAUCGAAUGGUCCAAUAACCAUCCGCCAUGGAAACGUUUCAGCACACACAAUUCCAUGUCCGGCCCUCAUUGUAAACUCCAUUCAAUGUCGUGGUGUAACAAGAUAAAUAUGUAAACUGAUGACAUAAAAGAGGCGCACAUCAUCAGCGGCGAUCUUUAUUCACCGAAUCCCUUCAUCAAUAUAAAUAAAGUCAAGAGAGAAUCAAACGUA